CAAAUCAAGUGUUCUCAAUCUCAAGGGCAUAGUCAAAACUAAGGGAUUAUUAUUUAUAAUGGCAAUAAAUAAAUGAAUUAGUAAGCUUUGGUUUGGGAUAAAUGAUCAGCCAAUUAAUUCAGGAAGUUUGAAUUCUCUUACCACUCACCUGCGUGGUCCAAAACAGCUGGGACAAACUCUUGAUCAACCGGUUUAAAGCGCAAUUUCCAACCGGGUCGAAGCCCCUAAAUUGGGUUAAGUUGAACCAGUUUUUCGCCGAAGGACCCCAUGGAAGAGAUUCAUGAGUUUGAAAGAGAGAGAAGGGCACUGGAUCAAAUGAAAGGGCCAUAUCGAUGGGCCAUGUACGAGGACUGGGAACGCCUAAGACGAUAUUACAAGGAUAAUCCAACCGAAGUACUUAAUCCAUUGACAACGUACAAUGACAAUGCACUUCACCUUGUAGUCUUCGCUGGACGCAUGGACAUGCUGCAGUUUUUGAUUUCACUGAUAAGAGAACCUCAGAUGUUACGCCGUGCGUUGAUAAUGAAGAAUAGGCAUGGCAACACCACUCUACAUGAGGUGGCGCCGUCUGGAAAUUUGGAAGCAGCAGUGCUCUUGGUGGACCUGGAUAACAACGUUAGGGGUGAGCUUGCUGAUGUUAGCUAUGAAGGUGUCUUAGAGAUUCGAAACCAGUUAGGAGAGACCCCAGUCUACAGGGCCGCUUCUUUCGGUCACACAGAGUUGGUCCAAUAUUUGGUCAAAAAAGUGGGCCGCAAAAAUAUAAUGCCGCACUUGCAAAGAAGUAGUGAUCAAACAUCCAUUCUUCACAGCGCAGUUAUUGGCCAAAAUUUUGAGACUGCUCUUUGGUUACUAAAAGAGUACCCAGAUCUUGCGGACAGAAAGGAAAGCAAUGGACUGACAAGUCUUCAAUUGCUAGCCCAAAUGCCAUCUGCCUUCCAAGCCAAAUUUCGCAAAAGCAUAUGGAAGAUGCUCAUUUAUAAAUGCCUUUUUAAUGAUGAUAAUAUUGAUCGGAUCCCACCAAAUGACUUGGAGAGCAGGAUCAAUCAGCCUUGCCAAUCAAGUUGUUCAAAGAAGAUUACGAAAUUCAGAAGCCCAGGAAGCCGUAUGAUGUUAGAGAAAAUGCAAAAUGAAAAUUCACUAUUGGAACUCACUUAUUUGCUCAUCGAAAAGGACUAUUCAUGGAUGACAUCAAGGGAAGAUGAUGUUCGCCGUGAUGAUGAUACGAACCAUACCCCAUUGCUCAUAGCGGCUAGAAACGGAAUAUCAGAAAUUGUGAAAAAGAUGUUGGAGUUACACCCUCAAUCGGUUGAGGCUCACAAUAUUGAUGAGCAACAAAACAUUUUGCACGUGGCCAUUAUGCAUCGCUGGUUGGAGAUCUUUAAGCUUAUAAAAAAGAGCAGAUUAAUAACAUCAAGGAUGGCUAUGAAGAUUGACAGCAAUGGCAACACCAUAUUGCAUCAAGCUGCAACUAUGAGAUAUUACUCUGCAGACACUCAGCGCCUAGGUGGUCCAGCGUUACAAUUACAGGACGAAUUGCUGUGGAUGGUGCGUGUGAAAAAGAUUAUUUCACCUCAUUACAUCAUGAAGCACAACAGGGAAAAUAAGACAGCGGAGCAGCUCUUCAAUAGUGAGCACGCAAAACUUCUUCAGUCGGCUCAAACAUGGAUAAAAGAGACUGCUCAGUCAUGUUCGACUGUGGCGGCUUUGGUGGCCACCGUUGUCUAUGCAGCGGCCUACACGGCUCCCGGGGGUAAUGAUUCAAACGGGGUUCCUGUUCUACGGCAUUCUUCUUUCUUCUUCACAUUUGCCGUUGCUGACACAGUCUCGCUCAUCAGUUCAUUGGCUUCUUUGGUCACGUUUCUCUCUAUCCUGACAUCGCCGCUUGAGUACCAAGACUUUUAUCGUUCUCUUCCAUUCAGGCUGCAUUUGGGGUUCACCCUUCUGUUCUUCUCACUAAUAACCACCAUGCUCACCUUUACUGCUACUAUUUUGCUCUUGAUUCAUCCCCAAAAGAAAUGGACAACGUCCCUCAUUUUUGUUGUUUCAUUUCUUCCUGUCCCUGUGUGUGGCCUCAUGCAGCUUCCUUUGUUUAAGGGAUUUUCCCAGGGUUUGAAAUACAUUUUUAAGAAAAUUACCAGAAUUAAAAUUUCAAUUUUCCCUGUAAGAGGAAACUGAUGAUAAUAAUAUGGAUGCUUGGUUAGGGUAAGGCCUAUUAUUAACUGAUGAUUUGUCAGAAGGUCGGAUUAAGAAUGCCUAUAGUUCUUCUUCCUCUGUGUUUUCUUUCCCUCCUU